AAUGAGAGUAUGGACGAAACAACAGACUCAGUUGAAGACGAAACGUUAGACCGCGAAGAGCUUGCCGAGAAAAACAAACAAGCGGGAAACGAAGCUUACACGGCAAAAGACUAUAAGUUGGCUGUGAAAUAUUAUUCUGAAGCUAUUGAACUGAACAAGACUUGUGCAGCAUAUUAUGGAAAUCGGUCUGCAGCAUACCUCAUGGCAAAAGAUUACAACCGUGCACUUGAUGAUGCCAACAUUGCCAUACGUUUGGAUGAAAACUACAUCAAGGAUUGCAAGAUGCAAUCUUGCUCAGGGCUCAACCGAGUCCGCUGAACGAGCUUUGGGAAAAGCAAAAGAAAUUGACCCGAACAAUAAAACUUUGGCCAAUGAGUAUUCAAGGGUCCAUCAGAUUCAACAAUUUGAAGCUUCAGCUUUCGAGGCUCAUGAUAAAAAAGAUUAUCGGAAGGUGGUUUUCUGCACAAGACGUUUACUAGAAUUGUCGCCAGACUGAGCAGAAUCUCUUGCUUUGAUGAAGAAAUAUACUGAAGCUGAAAUUGAGGCAAAUUCGAUGCUAAGAGAAAAUAACAGAAAUGCAGAUGCAUUGUAUGUCAGAGGACUGUGCCUGUACUAUCAGGACUAUGAAGAUGAAGCAUUUCAGUGUUUCACCAGUGCUUUGAAAAUAGAUCCCGAUCAUAAAAAGGCAAAGGCGAUACAAAAGAAAGCAAAGUUAUUGAAGUCUACGAAAGACGAUGGUAACGAAGCGUACAAAACGGGAAAAUUCCAAGAAGCAUACGAUUUAUAUUCCAAUGCUCUAGAAAUUGACCCAAACAACGUUUCAACAUGUGCAAAAUUAUUCUACAACAGAGGUGUCGUCGCAUCUCGGAACGCAAGGAGACUGGCCAAUCAGCGGCCCCAAGUUGCCUGUAUCGAGACUCUGAUUGGCUGGAUACGAUCGAGAGCUGUCACCAAAGUGCAUCUUGAUUUUUUCCCUGGUUUCACGUGCUCUUGUCCUGCAAUUAGUGUAAAUUCAAUUGAAGAAACGAAGGAAUUACGUCUCGGCAGUCUCGCGAUAACAAAUUAACCCGGGUGAAUUGGGUGACUAACGUUUCUCCUGGAGAAAGUUCAAGCUCGUUUUCACAUGCCGACGCUGCAAUACUUAAAUUACUGCAAUAUAAUACAUUUAAAAUGUAAUGUAGUAAUAUAACAAUUUGUUGAAACUUAACAAGUGUUACAUGUUACUCGAAAGGCACACUUAAUAUCGAAUCACGC